AUUACUUUUGGCACAUUUUAUACACUAGAAAUAGACAUUACGGUUGAACCGAGAGAUUGAGUUGAGGCGCGUUUCUGCACGUGAAAACCGGGAAAUUUUGACGUUGAAGAUGCUUUGACAUGGAUGCGAGACCUAAGUUCGUCGAGUUCAAUGUGACGACGAACAACAGCUCAUAACGGAACUUUAUUCGGUUUAAAAGCCAAGUUGUGUUUAGCUAGCAGCGUAAAGCCAGGUCGUAACAUCGUUGUUAGUGCCGUAGUCUAGCAUGGUGCAUAAGUAUUCUUGACGCAGAAAUGUAUUUAAGUAGUUUUAUUUACCGAUUAAACAUUUAGUCUGUAGGCUGAAAAAACUUAGAAAAAAAUCAACUGGACUAGCUUUUUAGGUCGAAGACGUUUCACCUUUCAUCCUAGCUUCAUCAGUUCAUUUAGUCUGUAUAACAAUAGUAAAUGAUUUAGGGAUAAUUAGGAAUAAAAGUACUUAUAUAACAGUAUAAAUAUACUCUACUGUGAGCACAAGUACUGAUUGCAGUACAAACUAAAAAACUCACCACUACCGGAUGUAAGUUAGCCCUUAUAAUGUUGGUUCAUGUUACCCAUAUAAGGCAGCUGCUAGCUGGCGUUAGAUCCCGAAACGAGAGCUGAGAUCAGGGUGCAGAUUUAUUUUUCAGUCGGUCGCUUUGUCCGCUACGAGUCAGCUACAGUCAAUUGUAGUUAUCCAUUCUGAAUUACCACAGUCAGCAAAGUGGGACCUAACCGAUUUAAACAAGUUUUUAAGAUAAGAAUGCGUUCAGCUGGUACAGAUGAUCCAGGAUCACGAGGGAAGGGCGAGGAGGGAGGUAGGCUGCCAGUGGGAAAGUCUAGAGAGUGAGAGGAGAGAAGUGGGAUGUCAGAGCAACAUAGCUGAGAGGGGGGAUGCCGCUGUGCAGGUGGACUUCACCUGGAGUUACUCAGGUGCAUCUCCUGUACCGUGGCAGUGUGUCUGUGUCCCAGCAGAUGACCCAGGCGAGAGUGCUCUUCUGUUCCACACAGCAACACAGGUCAGCUACAACCAGCCUCCACUUUACCUGCUCCCCUCGCCUUACAGUUACCCACCACUACCCACAAUGCCUCUGUUCAGGCCACCUGCACCUCUGCACCUCCAAGACCAGCUCCAGUCCAAGGAGGUCCACUUGCCUGGGCUGCUACCCAGCAUGCCUAUGUGGGAACCCCCUUUACCACAGGAACCCAGGCCUACCCUGUGUUCUGCUCCGUUACUCAGCAUGCCUGUGUUCAGGAUGUCGCCCACUGACACACUUCUUUCUCCUUGUCCUCCUCCUCCUUAUUCAAUGACCACUCCCACAGACUACCUAGCUCCUCCUCCAGGGCUCAUUGCUCCACUGAGCCCCCAUCUGGCUGCAGAGAAUGAGGAGGACAAAGGCUCUUUGAACCACAACAACAUUGAGUGUUUGUGCAGUGAUAAACAUGUCACGAUGACGCCUAUGAAGAAGAGGCGGUGUUGCAGCUGUAACACCUCUAGACAAAAGCCCAGAGAGGUGCUCAAACAAAUCAAUCACAAUGUAAGGAAAAACAAGGCAGAGAUGCCAGGGGGGAGAAGUGAGAAAAGACCGCCUGCGGCAGGAAUCCAACACACCACAGCCGAGGACAGGAAGGUGGCGGGGGUGAGGGAGGAGGCAGGGAGGCCGAGGAGGAAGGCAGUUGGUCCACCAAUCAGAUACCUGCUGGAGUUCGAGGUAGCCAAUCACAGCAGAGCAACAGCAAAAAGAAAGCCGCGGUGGCAGGGGGAGGAGGACAGCCACAGAGAGAGAGGAGGGGUGCAGCUGACAGAGGAGACAGACGGAGGAGUGGAUGGGGUGUGGUGGCUCUGUCAGGUGUGUGGCCUGAAAUUCACCAGGGAGGUGUCACUGGAGCGCCACCUGUCUGUCCACAGGCAUCGCCGGGGAAACGGUGCUAGCAGAGAGGGAGAGAGGAGUAAAGAGGAGGUGCAGGAGGAAGAGCCCCUCCCACCUGCCCCCACCAAGGCUCCUGAUUGGUUGAGACAACAUGUGACCAGGAAUCCACAGUGGACCAACCAAAUUGUAAAGAGGAGGUUGAGUCGACCACAGGAGGAAGAUGGAGGGGGGAUGUGUGGAGAGGUUGAGAAGGAGGUGAAAGGAGGGGGCAAAGAGGAGGAGUUGAUGGAGGUAAGAGGAGUGGAGGAGCAAGUGCGAGGAGGAGAUGAUGGAGGGGAAAAAAAGGUGAGAAAUGAAGUGACAGAGCAACCUCAGAGACCAAGGAGGAUGAUGGUCGGUCCACCAAUCAGAUACCUCUUGGAAUCGGAGAAGCAGUCAUGUCUGGGAAUGGCCCACCAGGACAGAGCGAGGGGAUUCAGAUGGGGGAGGAAACCACAGAAGAAGAUCACUUCCAAGGGCAGGGUUACAGCUCAUACAACAGUGAGAGACAGGUUGGGGGAAGUGGAGAGACAGACAGGUCAGACCAAUCAGGAUGCAGUAAAUGAACCUGGACAGAAAAGAGCAAGACCAAAAAAGAUUGUGACUCACAGAGAGGCUGGGGGCAGUGCAUUGCAGAGACAUCCAGGUCACAUCUUUGGGGGAAAAAAGACAGGUCAUAUAGUCACAGAGGGACAGACAGGUCAUAUGGUUGUGGAGGAACAGACAGAAGAACAGAGAGGUCGUAUGAUCUUAGACAGACAAGCAGGUCUCAUGAUCACAGAGACACAAAACGGUCACAUGAUUGAGGAGGGACAGACAGAUCACAUGGACUCAGGUGGACCGAGUACCAAUCAGGAUGCAGUAAACAAAUCGAAGCAAAAAACAGGAAGUCCACAAAAGGCUGUGAUUGGCAGUGAGACUUGUGGCGGAGCUUCACAAAUGCAGAAGAAUUGCAUGGUCUCCGACAGACAGACAACACCUGUCUGUAACAUGUGGACAUAUCUGGCAUACAGAGACCUGCAGAGUGGUCAGGUGACCCUCAUCCUUCCCUGCUGUGUGAGACUACAGCGCCUCCUGUGAUUGGCUGAUUAUUGUGUAGUGUUAAA